AUGGUUACCGUAGAUUUCCCUAGGGACGGCAAGAUAGAGCGUGCGGGGUGUCCGGGGAUCUGUGGCCCGCAGGCCGCGACCACAUCAACCCUGUCUUUCUCAAGCUUCCGCAACUCCUUCACCACCAAUGUCAAUUACCUGAAAAGAAGCUCAGCGGAGGCGUUGCGCAGAUUCAGCUCGGGGGACCUGCAGAGCGAGUGCGAUGAGGGCGAGGUGGACCCCUACACCGGCCGCCCGGCCACCACAAGCCAGCCGAAGCCGCAGAACCAGAGACCGACUUCACAGGCGACCGGUGGCAGCAUCAGCAGCACGGGCAGCGGCAGCGGCGGCGCCGGCCCGUCGGGGCCGCCGCCGGCGCCCAGCUCUGGCGGAGACCUAUCGCUCAACCUGCGCGGGGGCUCCCGAGGAACCUCCGCGCCAUCAUCGCCCGCCAAGUCUCGGGAGUCGCUUCUGCAACGCGUACAGUCGCUCACAGGCGCUGCAAGAGAUCAGGGUGCUAACUUGUUAGGCAGUGUAACAUCGGUGACGUCAGUGGGCCGUGGUUACAACCGCGACCGCUGUGUAACGCUGUUGGUCGUCGACGACCAGAACACCGACUGGUCCAAGUACUUUCGCGGCAAGCGGCUGCCCGGCGAGUGGGACAUCCGCGUCGAGCAGGCCGAGUUCAGGGAGCUGUCGGUGACAGCUAAUUCCGACGGGGCCAACGUGUCGAUGGCUGUGUAUCGCGGCGGCACCAAAGUUACGCGAUGCUUCAAACCGGAGUUUGUGUUAGUGAGGCAAAACGUGAGAGACGCCGGCGCUGACAACCGUGCUUUGCUGCUAGGACUCAAGUUCGGAGGAGUGCCCUCCAUCAACAGCCUUAAUUCCAUCUACCACUUCCAGGACCGUCCAUGGGUAUUCGGGCACCUGCUGCAGCUGCAGCGGCGCCUGGGCCGCGAGAACUUCCCCCUGAUCGAGCAGACCUACUACCACAACCACACCGACAUGGUGACGGCCCCGAAGUUCCCGGUGGUGAUUAAGAUAGGGCACGCGCACUCCGGCGUGGCCAAGGUGAAAGUGGACUCGGUGGCCGACUUCCAGGACAUAGCUGGGGUGGUGGCCAUGCUCGGCUCCUACUGCACGGUAGAGCCCUACAUCGACGCCAAAUACGAUAUACAUAUUCAGAAAAUUGGCACCAACUAUAAGGCAUUCAUGCGCAAGUCUAUAUCGGGCAACUGGAAGACAAACCAGGGCUCGGCCAUGCUGGAGGCUAUCGGCAUGAACGAUCGGUACAAGAUGUGGAUCGAUGAGGUCAGCGAGAUCUUCGGUGGACUGGAAGUCUGUGCCCUAGAACUGGUGGUGGGCAAAGACGGACGCGAGCACAUCAUCGAGCUCAACGAUUCGGCCACUUCCUUCAUGGGCGACUCACAGGAGGAGGAUCGCCGCCAUCUUGCCGACCUCGUCUUUCAAAGGAUGCAGUCCGUGUGCCGUCCGGGCAUCACGAAGACGGCGUCCCGCAGCUCGGUGUCGGGCAGCUCGGCGCCGUCGCCCGAGGAGCGGUCGGCGCCGCUGCCGGGCGCGGGCGCGGGCCCGCCGAGCGUGCCGCCGCCCGCGCCGCUCGUCGCCGCGGCCAGCAUCGACCGCCCGCUGCCGCCCAUCCCGGCCGAGCCCAGCCAGCCACCGCCGCCCCCGCUCACGAGGCGCGACUCGCAAGCAUCCCAGUCAUCGACGGUGUCUUCGGCCUCGGGCGCGCCGGGCGCGGCGAGCGCGGCGGCGGCGGGCGCGGCGCCGGCGGGCUCGGCGGCGGGCCGCGGCGGCUUCGCGCGCCAGGGCUCACUCAGCGCCGCGCUCACCGAGGACGCCGAGGACACCAUGAAGAACUUGAGGAAAACCUUCGCCGGCAUAUUCGGCGAUAUGUAAAACUAGUCGGCAUUUGGGCAUGCGUCUAACCGAGCUAUCGUUAACGGUUGAAUUGAGAAGAGCGGGGUGCGCGCGCGUACGUGCGGGGCGAGUAGCGUGGCUUCAUGCUUCCAAGUAUUUUAAACAGCGUUUACUGAAACUGCUCGCGUACGUUUGCAUUUGUUUAACUCGAACACCGCGCUACCAGCUCCGCUAUGCAUGCCCUGCUUAAGCGUCCACUCAGUUUGGACACAAAUGAUACAAGGUACCAGUGAGAGCUUAAGUGCUCGUCUUUUAACGGUAGCUCGAUAAAGGACCAUUUUAACUGGUCAAUAAUUGCCCGAUUAAGGUAAUGUUGUUAUUUGCAUAAUUUUCGUACCUUUAUUACAAACUUUACAUAUACAUUGUUACAAAGUAUGAUAUAGAAAACCGGUUCCGGUAUUUUUUAUUAUGAAUACUCAUAUCGUUUGCAACGGAAGGGGUGAAGUUUAGCCGUACCGGUUGGGAAGCUCCUUUACGACAGAGGGAACGAUCGUUAAACCGAAGCUAUAGCAUAGUAUUAACGUAUUUAAAGUAACUAUAGAUUUUGUACAAUAAGUUUAUUAUAAAAUAAUGAAAUACGAAUCAACUGAGCUGCAUUGUGAUCGAACCCGUUCGGUACGCGCCGCGCACCCGCGCGCGGUGCUACAGUAGUGUCUUUCUUCCGGCCUUCCUUCUACCGCCCGCUAGUGGGUUAUUUCCAGUACCAUACAAAAAAUACUCCAGUCAACAUACGUCAGUUGAAGAUUAUAUCGUGCUACUGAAGUAAAUGAUGCUAUCGUGAUGUCACUUGGACAUAGUUACUGCGACUAUACGGCAGCCGUUCAGCAAUCUAAUCCAGCUGUCAAACCCGCUACUGUGUAUGUUCUUGUACGUAUUGUUGCUAUUUGGUUCCCACCAUACUUUAGUACAAAAAACGGGGAACUCCUUGGCUUAGUAUUAUUAUAGUAAUAAGUACUGAGAAUAACCCUCUCGCGACAUCGGGCGCACACGCACCUUCGUAGCAGAACGACGCAAACGACGCAAUUUGCAAAUAGAUAAUAUCAUUGAGGACAAAUAAAAUGUGUGGCAAUAAGUAGAAUUGAAGCGUUUUAAGGAUUUGAUGUGUAAUUAAUUUCAUGACUUCCCUUUAGCGUAAACUGAUCUAAUUACAUAGGUAUUUGUCGCUUCUGAAGUAACCAUGUGGAAUUAAUGGAAUGGAGGCAUGAAAGCCGAACCACACUAGUUGCGUAUGCAGCACGGCUCCAGCUUGCUGCGUUAGCUACGCUACCGUAUGUGUCGUAUGCACCGGUUGUAAUGUAUGGAAAUACAUGUCAGAUGCCACACCACUUGCGCUGCGUGAAAUACAAAUUAAUGACGAAUCAAGUUAAAUAAUUAACAGCUACGCAAAGUGAUCGGCAUGAUAACCAACAGCAGUGCUGCAUAUACAUGUAGUCUGUACUGGUCUUAUAUAAUAUAUAAUUUCGCUAAUGCAAAUGUAUUUGGUUUGUGCGAAAAUCGACAAUGAGUUUAUUCCCUUGCGCGGUCCUAUUAGACCUAAAUUGUUGGGAUGUGAGCAAUGCUAUUGAAGACAAUAUUGUUAAAUGCAAGAAUUAAUCCACAUUUUAUAUAACUUAAUACUAGUUGUAUCUCAUAGUUUUAAGAAUAUCUUGUUGAUGCGUAUAUGUAAUUUUUAUUUUCAUUUUUUGAAUUAAGUUAUUGUUAUUGAUUUUAAUACGUAACGAGGUACCUCCGAAAUCAUACCGACCAGCUACACCGAAAUGCUACUUUUAUUUCAAAAUGCAUUUCUUACAAAUCCAAGCGUGAUUGUUUUUACAACUCUUUUUAGUUAAUUUAUUAUAUUUUUGAGAGAGCCGAGGGUUGUACCUAUUUGAAUGAAGUCUGAUGAUGUCAUAUCAUGAAUGAGGGUCCGAUCGAGGGGGAGCCAGAACGAUUGGAUUUAGAAUCCUUUGCACUCUUGACUGCUUACGAGUUUUCAUAAAUAUCUAAAUAUUUAUAGCAACCAUAUUUAUGCCUAUAUUCUUUAGCUAUACUCAAAAGUAGUUUUGAAAUUGUAGUUUUACGCAACAGUGUUUGCGGAUCAUGUAAAGUAUGACCAUUGACCAGCCUCUGCGUUAAGCCCAGCACAUUUAGUCGACCAUUUGUUACAGUAGAUUUUACAACGAAAAAUAGCUAGUAUACAUUACAUGUAAGUUAUAUGUAUGGGUUGCAAAUAGAUAUGGUGGCUUCUGUUAAAUUAGUGCUCAAAGUUAUCAUACAGAUCUGUUUGUGAAUCUUUUAAGUAGCAAAUAUUCUUUGUUGUUGAGGUCUUUAUACUGCGUCAUACCAAGUAGGCAUACCUACAUUAUGAGUAGGUAAUUUUAGUGUAAUUUUUAUAUGCACUCGUAGCUAGUUUAGACACAAACAUUGUUUAGCCGUAUCCACCAUGUAACUAUGUGUAAGUACCUAUAAAAUGCGCAAUUAGAUACCUUAUAAUGAACAAUUUUGUUACAUAAAAUAUACAGUAAAAUAUUAAUCAAUGAGUUAAUUAUUUUAAUAGAACAGUUACCAGAUAAUGUAUUUAUUGUAUAUUAUACUGCAGCGACUUAAAUUAGUUUAAUUUUUUAAAUGUUUAAUGUUAUUAGUUUAUUAGAUAUCGAUAUAUAAAUAAACUCUAAUAUAAAUGCUGUUGUUGUUGUUGCUAACCAGUUAUACGACGUGUACUCAUACGGCGGACGCACGCGGGCGGCGGCCACGGCAAAUUACUCACUUCGCCUCGUUAAACUUAAAUGCAACACUACACCUCAUUAACCAAACUGAUGAAUUACAUACACUAUUAACUGUUAAUUCGUAAACCUUAUUGUAAAGAUAUAAGGUCAAACGAUGAUCAAUUAAGAGUGUUGAAGAUAGGACAUUUAUCGUUUUUCUCCGGCUCUUCAGAUAUUAUCAACAGCAUGUGUAUGGAUAAAUAAUUAUCAGUUGAACUUUUAUGGUCAUUUGUCGUGGCCCUCUUCUGCUUAGGGAGAGAAAGGGACAUGGAAUGUCACUGCAAUAAAUAACUUGUCCGCCUUAACGGGAAUGCCGACAAAUAUGUCCUAAACUAGCAUAGCCCGAAGGCUUAGAUGGCAACCAUGUCCCUCAAAAGUAUUAAUAUCUAUAACGGAAUUUGAAUGCAUGUUAAUCUAUAUAAUAUAAUAAAUACCUCUUUUGGUAAGUCAGUACCGAA